GCUACGUAGCGAUAGUCACCUUUCCAACAUAGGCUAAACGUUCCAACAAUGCGUUGGCUUCUUCUCGUGGUGUUUGUCUUGGUGUUCAUGCAUUACGUGAGCCAUGCGGGAGGUCAAGGGUUCCACUCCAUGUUUGAGGAGGAUGAUUAUGAAAUAUGCUUAACUGAUCCGAUGCGCACUGUGAGCGGAGCGUGUAAGCACGAGAUGUAUUUCAAGAUCGGAAAGUCUUCAGUCACGUAUCAGAAAAAAGACAACACCAGCCUCUUUUGGGCCAACGACAACUACACGGAAACUUUCCUAGAUUUUUAUGACCAGUGUAACGAGGAGGAAGCGUACGGCGACUGCGCCGAAGAGAACGAGUUUAAAGGAUUCAUCAACUGCAUGAGUGACAAGAUUUUAACACUGGAGCGGUCUGAACUUCGCGACAUUCUCAGGUCCUACGUAGACUGCAUGUUCGACAUACUGCAUGCUGAAACAGAACCGGACGAAGAGCAGCAUAGAAACAACGGAUCGGGGAGAGCAAGAAGACUGGUAUAAUAAAAUAUGAGUGCAAGACAUA